GCGUUGGGAUGUCCAACAUUUGGGUUAUUUUCACGUCAAAUUUCCCUGAAACGAGCCAUUUGUCUCCCAGUCUGCUCUCUCAGUCCCUCGAUCUCGUCUUUGACUCUCCCCCAUUUCUCCCGAGCGAGGCGAUCGAGAGAGCAGCCGGCCAUGGAGAACCUGCUGUCCUCGGCCCCGUCCCACGCGACGCUCCCUGACCGCUUCGUCUUCCCGCCCGACCAGCGCCCGCCGGCCUCCACCUGCGCCGUCUCCCUCCCCGUCAUCGACCUCUCCCGGGGCCGCGACGAGGUCCGCCGCGCCGUCCUCGACGCCGGCAAGGAGCUCGGCUUCUUCCAGGUGGUCAACCACGGGGUCCCUGCGGAGGCGAUGCGGGCCAUGGAGGCGGCGUGCGAGGAGUUCUUCCGGAUGCCGGCGGCGGACAAGGCCCCCUUCUACUCCGAGGACACCGGCAAGCCCAGCCGGCUCUUCUCCAGCACCACGUACGAGAUCGGCGGCGAGAAGUACUGGCGGGACUGCCUCCGCCUCGCCUGCGGCCACCCCGUCGGCGACACCAAGUUCGCCUGGCCCGACAAGCCCCAAAUGCUCCGGGAUGUGGUGGAGAAGUUCGUGGAGCCGACGAGGGCCGUGGGGAUGGAGCUGCUGCGGCUGCUGUGCGAGGGCAUGGGGCUCCGGCCGGACUACUUCGAGGGGGACCUCACCGCCGGCGACGUGAUCAUCAACGUGAACCACUACCCGCCGUGCCCGGCCCCAGGGCUCACGCUCGGCCUGCCGCCGCACUGCGACCGGAACCUCAUCACGCUCCUCCUCCAGAGCACCGUCCCCGGCCUUCAGGUCGCCUACAAGGGCGACUGGAUCAAUGUCCAGCCCGUCCCCAACGCCUUCGUCGUCAACUUCGGCCACCUGCUCGAGAUUGCGACAAACGGAUUGCUGAAGAGCAUCGAGCACCGGGCGAUGACCAACGGCACGGUGGCGCGGACGUCGGUGGCGACGUUCCUCAUGCCGCCGGAGGACAGCGUCAUCGGACCGGCGGAGGAGCUCCUCGGCGACGGCGACCCGUCGCGCUACCGCACGGUCACGUUCCGCGAGUUCAUGCGCGUGUACAAGACCGUCGGCGCACGGAGGGAGAGCGUGGAGAAGGCCUUCAAGAUCUGACUACUACCGUGGUUCUUGGUCUCAAAUGAAGAUCGACCAGCUGCACAGAUAUUUGGUGGUGGUGUUGUUGUUGUUGGUUUAGCUGAUGGAACAAUAAGACCUGAACUGUUGAUGAUGGAAACGCGUACGGACUACAAGUAAUUGAUCAAUUUCAGAUGGGAAUCACAUAUGUAUGCUUCAUUUGCGGCUUGACUCCAGAAUGAAUAUUCUAAUCUGUGCUACCCUUCCGUUUCUAAAUACUUGUCGUGAUUUUAGUGCAAAUUUGAA